CUUAGCUUCCCGAGUCUUUCUUUUGCUUCCGCUGCGAUCAGCCUUCGAACGAGCAUACAGUGCAAGACUUAUUUAGUCCGCACUCGUGCACUUUCCAAUCUGCUGCAGAUGUCCUCCUCGACCAAGCCGAGCUUUCUCCACAAUUCAUGCGGGAGCUGAAGGCCAGCUGCUCGACCGAGUCCAGUCGAGCCUCUUCGAUGGCUGAUCGGGCAGAGGAGCGAUGCAGCGUGCUGUGCUGUAUGCCCGCAAUUCAUAUGCGCAACAAACACCCCUCAUCCCACCUCUCUCCCAGGAGAGUCACAGUGCGGAGCGCGAGUGGCUUUUCUGCUCGGCAGGAAGCUUGGAAUCUUCUGUCGUCGUGUACAGACCUUCCAGCGAUUUGUACAAUAUGCAUAUAACUCGCAUCCCUACACCUUCUUGUCCACCAUCACGUCCCUCAGGAAGCCAUCAGCAUUUCAGAAAAACGCCCUUCCCGAAAUUACACACAAUGUCUACCAUUCCUCAGGACCCUCAAUUCACAAAGGCGGUAGAGAUUGCCAACGACCCCAAGCGCGGUCUGAGCAUCGGUCUCGGCAUCUCCGAGAAGCUUGCUUACUGGGGCCUUUCUGAGCAAGGACUCAAGGGAGAUGUCACUGGCGACCGUCCGGGCAUUUUGCACGUCGAGGCUCGUCUCAAGUACGAUGCGUGGGCCAAGAACCAGGGUCUGGACCCUCAAGAGGCUCAGAAGCAGUACAUCGAGAAGUUCAUUGCUGACCUCGAGAAGCACUCUGCCAAGAAGCCCCAGUGCAACGAGUGGAAGGCGGAAGUCCUGGCUGCUAAGGCUUAGCCUCUGAGCCUGAUUCAAUGUCGUCCACGCUGGACGCAGCUCUACAGAUUCUCACUACUUGCAAUGCGAUCGCCGUCACCUUCGUCUCACGCUGCGCAACCAGAGCUGGUUUUCGAGAAUUGGCUCAAGAAGAAUGCGGGCAGGCAGUGGUCAGCGUUGAAGCUUCUCGCUGUUGGGCGUGGGUGAGUAUGAUGGGUAUCGAACGUAUGAUCGGUAUUGAACA